UUGUACAGACUAAGUCUAUGGCAAAGGAUACCGACGUGCUCUGAUUGGUCGAUUUCUUUCGCACAGACUUUCUAUGCUGUAGCAACCCUGUUGCAUUGUUGUAUAGUUGUACGUACUUUUUUGCCUGCCAUUUUUCAAAAUGGAGAAAUUAAAUCUUCCAGAGAAAUACAAUUAUAAAAUAAUUGAGAUUGAUGAGAAUAGAGCUAUUUUUCGCAUUUCUGAUCUUGUAAAUAAAGAAUCAGCACAGGAAUGGAUUAAAGAAUAUGAACAAAGAUCAGAAACAGUUUGGCGUGUUCAGAGAACACAUAAAUCAACUGGGCGCCUUAAUGUUUAUAAAGGUGACUUUAGAUGCUGCACAAUGUGCAUCAGGUAUCAAAACAUGUGAAAGAAAGUAAAAAUACUGGAUGCCCUGCAGUUCUUAAAAUUACUAUUCAAAGGUACUUUUCACUGCCAAAACACAAAGAUCCACUCCCAGAGGUUAUAGAGUUUCCUGCAUUAUGUGAGCUUCUGUACUUGCAUAAUCAUUUGCUUGACAGUGCUGCUGUUAAAAAGUUCAGGCCAUUAUCAAACCUAACGCAAAAGCGUCUGAUAGAAUGGGGUCAAUUCACGGUCACGUGUCAUGUACCAAACAAACCGCUUCUGUUCAAUUUUCAAUCGUUCUGCGCAUGUCGUGAUGUCUGUCGAUAACGUUGAUGAAACCAUCGUUUUGUAAAUAUUACG